UCAGUUCGUAGGCAGUGAGGGAAGAAUCAACAGUACAAUUUACACAGCAGACAGAAGAAGAAAGAGAGAAUCUUUCUCUCCUUCUCUCUUCCAUUUUUAAACUUCACAUUCUACACUUUCAUUCACUCAGUCAUGUUUCCGCCGUCCACACCCACUGCUCCCAAAGAGCUUUCUGCUCGUACAAAUUCACUAUCCAUCCAAGCGGCUUCUUCAGCAAUGAUGCAAGUGGGUUUGAAUGAAGACACUGUUGAUGCAAAGGAAAUGCUGAAUGGAGAAAUUCUACUAGCACAAUCCAUCAUGCGACACUCCGAGAAACUAGAAGAUGAACUACGCAAGUUAGGGCAACAAAUUCGGGAGCAUGAGAACAACAUAAAUCAUUUGAACUCUGAAAAAAUCAAAUUUGACGACUCCAUUCUUAAUUUGCAAGCUACUAUUGGGAAAUCAGAGUCUUCAAGUAUGGCCAUAGCUGGUAAUAUGGACAAUCCACCCUCUACAAACGAGGAGGAAGUAGAUAAACAAAUACUGCAAUAUGAAAAAUCUGCGGCUGGUAUCUUGUGUGAGCUGAAGAUUCGUCAUGGAGCUCAGACAUCUCAUCUAACAUCGACAAAGGACAUUGUGGGGAUUGUUGCUACAUUGGGAAAAGUUGAGGAUGACAAUCUUAGCAGACUUUUCUCAGAGUAUUUGGGAGUGGAGACUAUGCUGGCAAUUGUUUGUAAGACUUAUGAAGGGGUUCAAGCUAUUGAAAUGUAUGAUGAAGAAGGCUGCAUAAAUAAAAAUUGUGGACUUCAUGGGCUAGGUGCCUCUAUUGGAAGGGCUUUGGAUGGUCGAUUUCUAGUCAUAUGUCUUGAAUCUUUGAGGCCUUAUGCUGGUAAUCAUGUGGUUGAUGAUGAACAACGGAAGCUGGAUAUUUUAAACCCAAGAUUGCCUAAUGGGGAGUGUCCAGCUGGAUUUCUUGGCUUUGCAGUGAAUAUGAUUAAUAUAGACAGCUCAAACCUAUUUUGUGUAACUCCCACUGGUUAUGGUCUCAGAGAAACUCUGUUUUAUAAUCUCUUUUCUCGUCUACAAGUAUAUAAGACAAGGGCUGAAAUGAUACAAGCACUUCCAUGCAUAAGUGAAGGAGCUCUUUCUUUGGAUGGAGGAGUAAUUCGGAGCUGUGGUGUAUUUACCUUGGGCAAUAGGGAAGAUAUUGAUGUAAGAUUCCCCCGACCAGAAAGAUCAAUGGAGCUUGAUAACCAUCACGGUGAAAUUGCCAGACAGUUGAAGGAAGUCAAAUGGAAGAAAGAAAAGAUUAUGGAGGAAUUAAAAAGGGAGCAGGCGUUGUUGGACAUGACAAGGCUCAAUUUCAACAAAAAGAAGGGUGAUUAUCUUAGGUAUUUGGCGCAAAGGUCCUCAAAUGCAACUAAGGCUCAAACUGCUUCUGACAGAUUUGUAAGUAGAUGAUUGAAUUAAGGCUGACAGCAUACAACGAAGAAAGGAGCCUGUGCCUAGUAACCUGUUUUGUUCUCCGUUUUGGUUUCUAAAGUUGGAAGAUAAAAAAUUUGGAUGGUGAAACAAGAAGAUUGGUUUCUGAAGCUGGAGACAGUUAAGGCUUUAUUUUUCUUCAAGUUCUUGUGAAGAAAAUUCAGAUUAGCCAACAGGACACUGCUAUCAGAUUUGCCUCAGUAUGCCUAGUUACCCUUCAAGACCAAACAUGUUUGCCAGGAUAACCUCUUCUUGGUCCCUUGUAUACUCACUGUACACCACUAUUGACUGUUGAUUACAGGCUGUGAAUACAUCUCCCCAUUUAGUUUUUUUUUUCUUAAAAAAAAAAUCAUUUAACUGUAGCUCUUCGUUUUUCAUUCUU